AUGAACUUCGUACGAUUCUCUGUCUCCGUGGCACUGGUAAUGUGCGCACGAACCUCGGCUGCACCGGCACCGAAUGAGACCUUCUCGAAACAAUGCAUUCAGCUGGAAGUGCCGCUGCGAAUCAACGCCAACAACAGCGCCUUUGAUCUUCCCCGAGUCGACAGCAAUACAGAUGCUGUGGACUGCAUUUGGGACCUGACCACCUGGUCACAUAAUGCGACCGGGCGCGUUACAGGCGUUAUUCCCAUCGAUGACACGUUUACCAUCAGUGCUCAGUUGUGCGUCCCGCCGCAUGGGAGCAAGUCUGAUAUUCUGCAAAUCGCAACACAUGGGAUCGGGUUCGAUAAAAGAUACUGGGACGUUGAGCUCAAUCCAGAACAAUAUUCCUACGUCGACUCGGCGCUUCGAUAUGGAUACUCGAUUCUCACAUACGACCGUCUCGGCACAGGAAAUUCUACCAAGGCCGAUGCCUACGAAGUGGUGCAGGCUGGUGUGGAAAUCGAAAUUGUCCGGGACCUGACUGAACUAGCGCGCAAUGGAGAUCUGGUCCAUUCUUCAAAGGUGGUCGGCGCGUCGUGCGAUGAUGUCUCAGCAUUCGAAGCCUACAAGCCCAGCAAGAUCGCUCAUAUCGGCCACUCGUACGGCUCAUUCAUGACUUCAGGUCUACUGUCUCGCUACGGCAACCUCAGUGACGGCGCCAUACUGACCGGCUUCUUGAUCAACGAGCACCUGCUCAACGAAGUUGGAGCCGAGGCCUUUGGCUACGAAUUUGCGGCCGAAAGUGAUCCCGACCGCUUUGCAGAUCGUCCAUCGGGAUACAUUGUGUCGGCCACGGAAAGCAACAUCCAGCAGAUAUUCUUGAAGAAGGGCACAUUCGAGCCCGAGCUGCUACAGUAUGCCGAGCAGAUCAAGCAACCAAAUGCUGUCGCGGAACUCGUCUCGGGCAGCCAGGCGUUCGGCAGGCCGGCCACAGACUACAAGGGGCCGCUACAGAUUUUCGUCGGUGAAUAUGAUUACCCCGUCUGCGAUGGUGACUGCAACAACGUCUACAACUUGAGGAACAUCAGUGCCCUGUAUCCCGCUGCAUCCAACAUCUCAGUAUAUCUUCAACCCGGCACUGGACAUGGGCUGACGCUCUCCACGAACGCCACGGCCGGCUACGAGAUCAAACCCGUAGUAUUGGCACUAGACAGGGCUACAUUCAUCAGCCGCUGGGCGCUGCGCCUCGAAGUAUUUGGAUUAUUGUCGGGAGAGUCAGAGUUCUGGAGUGUAUAUUUUGAGGAAGAUCUCAACUCAGUGUCCCCUGCUGAUACAAAUGUGAUGAGCGGCUCCCUCGGUGCUCGAGUCGGCAUACCCUCGAGCCUCUCCACAAGUCUGUUGGACGCCCGAGAUCUCGAGCUGCUGAGCCACUACCUUUCGCACACAAGCCGGACCAUCGCCUACGACCGUGACGACCUCUACGCGCUGCACGUCGGGAUCCCCAACCUCGCCUUCAGCAGCAAGCCGCUGAUGAGCUCGAUGCUCGCGCUGGCCGCCGCGUGCCAGUGCCACGACCUGCUGGCGCAGUCCACGGACGGGCCGGACAUGGCGCGCAUCCAGGAGCUGCUGGUGCUCGCCGAGCAGCACCACGGCACGUCGCUGCGGCAGAUCCAGGAGGACAUUCCGUCCACACAGCGGUACGACCACGUUCUCGCGAACGCGGCGCUGAUGGUUUUGUAUGGGUCCGCGAGUCACUGGGUCCGCAUACGGCUGGCUGGGAUGUGCGAGGCGCGCGGCGUGCGCCCUCCCGGUGAGUUCGUGCCGGUGCAGUCACAGUGGAUGUCCCUGAUUCGCGCGGUGCAUUCUGCGUAUGUUGGACUCCUUGCCGACCAGGCUCAGAAUCCGGGGAUGACGGAAGUGAAGGACUAUGUCAGGGAUAGUCCACCGCAUCGUGAUUUCGGCGACGUGGACAUUGCGUGCCCUCAGGACGGGCCCUCCGACGAGACGAGGCGUUUGUUCCUCCCUGUAGCUGCUGCCACGUCGAAGUCUGCCAUGGAAAAGCUGCGCGCAAGAGCCCGCCAGGUCGAAAGGAGAGCUAAUGUCGGGGCCGCGGGCCUUCAAGUGUGCAUGGAGGCUCUGAGGGUGCUCGAAACAAUAAUAAGCGAAACAUUCGGGGGCAGGGGACACACCAGCUUUUCUCCCGGCACACCAGGGUCGCUUAUGGAAGAUCAAAAGGAGCCAGGCUACCUUCGCUCGCUAGGCCGGUUGUCCAAUGUGGCCCCCUGGCUGAGAAACUAUACAGCGCGAGUCACUAUGAACAGUACAGACUCGCAGCCGCUGCGGCGCACCGUCAACGCUUUCCUCAACCGCGUGCCUACAGCGUAUCUGCACAUGGUGCAGGCGACCCUUGAGCAUAUCCCCUUGAGGACAGCCGGCCAUGAUGCAAACAGAGUGCAGGAGACCACCCCUGACUGUGGCGAUAGCGAUAGCCCUGCACACCGGCUUGCCAUGGACAUCUUCGCCCACUGGCUUGUACUUAUGCUGUUGCUGGACGGUGUGUGGUGGAUUGGAGGCAUCGGUGCCUGGGAGCUGGGCAGGGUGGUUGCGUAUAUGCGGGAGGGAGGCAAGAUUGAUGGAGGAGACGAGAUAGAGAAUGAGGCGUGGUGGCCUGAGAGUAUGUACAUAAUAAGGAUGGAGAUGGAGAACUGCCAUCUCAUGUUCUCAAUGGCCUGA